AUGUCUUUUCCUGGAAUCCAAGAAUCCAAUUUGUUUACCAAGCAUUUGAAGGGAAGUAUGAAUCCCGAAAGGAGGAACAUCCAUAAUUACGAGUUUGUGGAACCUCAAUUGGCUGUAUUAAGAGGACUUGGGGCACGUUUAGAUCUGGGACACAAAGAUGACUUCAAGGAAGCUUAUGGUAACCUUUUGGGCGUUCUGAACACCGAAGUCAAUAUCAUUGUUGUGCACACUCUGGUGCAAUUCUAUGAUCCACCAUUGAGAUGUUUUAGUUUCCAAGAUUACCAGCUAGCGCCUACAUUGGAAGAGUACUCACAUAUUCUAGGUAUUAGGAUCAAGAACCAAGUUCCCUACAUCCACACUAAAGAACAUCCUAAAUAUCAAGAUCUUGCUGAAGCUCUACACAUGGGAAAAAAGGAAAUAGAACUGAACCUGAAGCCAAAGCGUCGAAUUCAUGGCUUCACCUCUAAGUUUCUAGUGGACAAAACUAUUUCCUUCGCUGAAGAUGGGAGUUGGACGACCUUCAACGCCAAUCUAGCUUUACUUAUCUAUGGGAUUGUAUUGUUUCCGAAUAUGGAGGAAUUCUUAGACUUGGUUUCUAUUCAUAUCUUCCUUACUCAGAAUCCGAUUCGUACUCUUCUUGUUGAUACUUACUACUCCAUCCAUGUGAGGACUCAGAAGAAGAAAGGGACUAUCGUUUGUUGUUCCCCUUUGUUGUAUAGAUGGUUUAUUUUGUAUCUACCCAAGAAAGGCCCUUUUGUUAAGAACAAAGAUAACUUGAAGUGGUCCCAGCAGAUCAUGUCCUUAAAAGCCGAAGAUAUUCCUUCGUAUUCUCGAGUUUACGAUGGUGUCAAGCUCAUCCUCAACUGUGGGGAUUUUCCUAAUGUGCCUCUUCUUGGUAAAAAAGUAGGAAACAACUACAACCUGAGGUUAGCAUUGCGACAACUUGGAUACCCUAUGGUGGACAAACCUGAUCUCAGGAGUGUAUAUGGUUUUGUCUUAUAUGAAUGGCUCGAAGAGCCAAAAUUGAUCAAGAAGAUUGUCAAGGCUUUUGCAUAUUUUUGUGUGUCGUAUGUUUGA